AUGAUUAAAAAAUAUGUUGCCAAUAUUGCAAAAAGACAGCCAUCUAACAGCUGGGUUACAAGAUUUCUUCGGCGGAACAGAGAGAAAAUUAUCACCAGAAACACCGCCGGCAUCGACCAAAACUGCAAAAAAGCUGACGAUUUUAAAGAUUACUAUAAUUACUUCCGUCUACUUCACGAUUAUAUCGAGAAAUACGAUAUCCAGCCGCAAAAUAUCUAUAAUAUGGACGAAAAGGGCUUUCUCCUUGGUGUCACU